AUGAAUAGGAAUUGCAAAAGAAGGAAAGGAAACUGUUACUCCAUCGAAAAUGAGAGCAAUGAGAUAUACGACAAAUCUUCGGAGUCCGAUAGCGAUACUGCAGUAAAUAAUAUUUAUACUAGAAAGAAGCCAAUUCGUCGGACAAAAAUACUUAGCACGUCAGAAUCAGAAGAUGAUAAUAUUGAAGAUGCUUUGCCAUCAACUUCUUUUCAUAAUAUCCAAUGGACUACGGAGAAUGCUGAAUUAACAUUUCAUAAUUUUGAUCUUUCCAAUUCCGGACUUCAGACAGAAAACUUAAAAUUUUUCUCUACAAUAUUACAUUAUUUUGAAUCAUUCUUUUCACAUGAUCUUGUAGGCUUUAUUGUAGAUAAGACAAAUAAGUAUUGGGCACGUACAGUAAGUGAUAAGACGAGUGAUGUCAAAAUUGGAACAACUGUUGACGAACUAUACUGUUUUCUCGCUUGUACCUUACUAAUGUCGCGAAAUAAAAAAUUAGGGCUUCGUGAAUAUUGGUCCAAGGAUAAACUUUUAAAAUCUGAUAUUUUUAGCGAAAUUAUGUGUAGAGAUAGAUAUUUAGUUUUAUUGAAAAUGUUGCAUUUUAGUGAUGAUAAUCAAAAUUCUUCUGAUCGCUCUGCGUAA